UUUAUUAUUCGGACAAAGCUUGAACGCUCAAAAAAAAUCGCUAAUUUCCUUAGGCGAUCAUUGAGAUAUAUAACACAUAGGACAAUCCCCGAUCUGCAUCGUCUUACCCCGCGGGGUCCCGCACGGUUCAAUCGUGUCUUCAGCCAUGAUUGCAAACCUGGCAACGCUCAGAACAGUAUAUGGAGAAGGCGAGAUGUGACGUGUCGGAGGAAGAAGAAUUCAGUUAGGAGUCCGGAACGGCCGGGUCAAGCAUGUGCUCUAAAGAGACCAACAGUACCGUUUUUGGAUCCUUCAUGGCAUGAUCUCGAAGUACUCAAUCGUCUUCUUGUCUUUCUCCAACAGCUGUUGCUCAUACUCGCAUUGAGCUUUGUGCUUUUCUUCAUUCAUUCAGAAUUUCCCGGUGGCCGGAGAUAUCUAUGUACGACUAUGCCUUGGACAAUAUGGCCGGCGUUAGUGGUGUUAUGGGGCGUGUGCUGGAUGUUCUACCCGUCCCCUACCGAGGGGGAAUUGGCAUUGAAGAACGUGGACCGCUUGCUAGACACAUUGAAUCAAGAAGAAACCUCCUCUUUCGCUUGUUGGCUGGCUCAGUGUGACUCCAAUAUGUUUAGCGACAAGAGCAUAUUGGAGACUCCAAACCCUGGAGCUCUCGAUUCAGCACAGCUACGACACCCUCUUGAAACAGAAAGUUCGGAUCAGAGCAAAACUGCAUCGACUGUCGAAGUACUUGAUAGCCUUGAGUCUCAUCCCAUCCCACCUGAUGCUUCGGUUCCGACGAUUGGGAGCGAGUGUGGGACGAAUUCGACAGGCGAUGGCGUAUCUUCGAUACAAUGCCCAGCAUGCGGAGAAAAGUUCUCGAGACGGGAUGUUCUUACUCGUCAUCAGAAGCAAUCGUGCAAGAAAAACCGAGGACGGCAGAGCGAUCAUCUCAUCUAUUUCUGCCCUCACCCAACUUGCAAGCGCUCAAAGUCAGGCCAUGGAUUCAAGCGAGUGGAACACGUUCAGCAGCACCUCAACCAUUGUGAUUUACAAAGAAAGAAGCUGGCAGAAAGCAACGAGUCUCCUAUGCAACACAGAAAGAGCAUAUCUGGAGCUUCCGGCCUGGGUAGAGAACGGCAGGCCAAUCAUAAUAUGUCGUUAGAUGAAGUGGACGGACUCAAAGGAGAGAGUGAGGGAUCUGAUACUGGGAGGGAAAACCCCCAAAAGUCGAAACUUGAAGGGAUGCGUCGAGAUCUUGCGAGGGAGCUUGAGAAAUCAGAGGAGGAGUCCCGGAGGAAGAGGCAGAGGCUUGAAGGACUCGAUGCGCGAAUCCGGAGUUUGGAAAGGGAAAAAUUGGAUCUGUCAAACGGAACGGAAUGAGAGUAUUAGUUGGGGGUUUUAUUGAGCAUUAAUAUUCGCUCGGAGGUAUAAGUCCCUUCAGCUAAAGCUCAGGGCAAACCCAUGUACCCAAGGUAGUAUGCACAUUGGGAUUCUAAGACCUCAGGCUUAUGUUUAUGAAUAAAAAG